AUGACGACGCACCAAGCUCCUAGCCUCAACCACUUAGCCCCCGACGGUGAAGCUACCCCAAAAGAAGCGACGCUGAGCGGCACCCCUGCACCUGCUGCUGGAGCAAGCCGCACCCUGGUCGACCACGCAAGCUCUUCUGCGAAGCGCAAAGACAAGCAGGCCAUGACGGUGGAGGAAACCGGAGAGGAGGUGCAGCCCAUCAUCAUCAACAUGUCCAAGGCUCGAGGGACCGCACGGGUUCGCCUCCUGGCUGUCGGCGUCCUCCUCUCCGUCGUCGCCAUCACCUCCAAACAGCUGAUCAACUACAUGCGCAACGUCUGGAAGGUGAGAGGAACACUUGAAACAAACCAAUAUGCUGACAAACGUUUUGUCCUCGAAUUCUCUGAGGAAGGUGAUUUUGAGCACGUCACCUGCGGCGGCACGUGGCGAUACAAGGACGACGCCGUGCUCGUCCGCAAGCUCAAGGAAGGCGAGGACCCGGAGACUGCCCAAUUCGACUCCGUGCCCAUCUGGGUGCAGUACAAGGGCAUACCCUUCUACCUCCUGACGAAGGCCCUAGCCAGGAACCUCGGAAGGCGCACGGGCGAGUUCAUCUGCAUCGACAACAACGCGUGCGGCGACAUCUGCGACAAAAUCCUUCGCGCCCGUAUCUUGAUGCCUCUUGGACGGCCACUCCUCCGAGGCAUCCCAAUUGAGGACGAGUUCACCGAUGAGGAGGUCAUGGUGUCUCUCCGCUAUGAGAGGCUGCCCAUCUUCUGCCUCUUCUGUGGUCUCAUCGGACACAGCAAGCAGAACUGCGACAGACCAGAGACACCCAAAACCUCAAGGUAUAACCCCUCUAUUGGUGUACCCCCUACUGACCGCCAUGAUAUCAGAAAAUGGUUCCUCCCGGAGUACAUCGGACAAGAAAGGCAAGCAUCCAGCCAUUCCUUGCCAUGGCGCUCAAGCUGGAAGGCGGAAGCUGGGAAGACGAGGACAUGUGAGACACGACAUACCGCUAUCGUGUCUCAUGUUGCGAAGAGGGUGGAGAUGCUAUCGAUGCAAGACAAUGCUGCUGCCAACAAGAACACCAAGGACGCCCUCAUGAUCAACGACACCACUACAAUCGCCAACGCGAUGACCAAGAACUCCAACAACAACUCCCUCGCCAAAAUCGUCAUCAACUCGGGCACCAGCUCCGACUCCUCCUCAACACCAGGCCUGGAACCACCUGAAAUUUUGGGUGCUUCCUCCACACCCACUGUCGUGGCGCCCACGACCAUGCUGCUGCCUCCAACAAGCCCCAACACCGAAAAUGCCAACAACAUCGCCAAACCUGAUCAAGAUCCGACUGUGAAGGGCAACGAGCAGACUGAUGCCAGCGCCGCCAAUGCCCACACAGGCGACCACGCAACUUGGAAGCGACGCCCAAGAGAGGAGACCAAGGCCAACAUACAAGAACCAGGAGAGCGUACAACCCAAGGGGUAACCCUGGGGGCUACGCGACAGCGUGAGGAGGAGGACAGCACCGCCCUGCCACCAGUACAAAAGAAGAAAAUUGUGAUGCAGGUUCCCAGCAUGGUUGAAUGCCUAGGAGAGGAAGGGCUCCGCAAACUGAUGGAACUAGAGGAGGCCGCUAAUGCUAGGGCUAGCUUUGGAUUAGGAGACCAGAUAGAUAUGCAUACUAAAACUGUAAUGAGUGAGUCCCUAGUUUAUAAUAGGGACGCUCCUGUUCAUGUAGCUUCUGCAGAGGGCACGAACCUGCCGACUGCUGUAGAAAUACAGGAAGGAGAGAGGGGGGCAGAAGGAAAACAGGAACAAGUGAUCAGCAAGAAGACCGAGCCGAAGACGGACGGCAAGAAACCGGGCACCAAAGAGGGUAAAGGUGGAGGGCUUGCCCUGUUUGUUAGUGAUAGUGUGAAGCUGGACUUGCUCAGUUUUGGUACUCAUCACAUAGACACCACUGUAACCAAUCUUGAUGGAAUAAAAGCAAGAUAUACAUUUGUGUACGGUGAGCCUAAACCACAUGAUCGUCCUGAAUUCUGGAAACUCUUGAAUAGAAUUAAGGACAAGUCUAAUGACCCAUGGUUUGUUGCUGGGGAUUUCAAUGAGGCAAUGUACCAGCAUGAACAUUGGUCUGCCUCUAAAAGAAGUGAGAGGCGUAUGAAAGACUUCAGAGAUGCACUCCAAAACUGCAACCUCAGUGACUUGGGAUUCCAGGGAUGUCCCUGGACCUAUAACAACAAGCAGGUGGGAAGAAAGAAUGUGAGAGUUCGUUUGGAUCGAGCAGUUGCUUGCCCUGCUUGGUACCAGCUAUUCCCUAACACGACAGUUGAACACAUAGUCUCAUCCCGUUCCGAUCACUGUCCAAUAGUGAUUAGCUUGAACACUCACCGGUCUUCGCUGGCAAACAAACCUCCCAGGUACGAGGCUAUGUGGGAACGAGAGGAGUCUUUUACUGAGUGUGUGGAGAACACCUGGAAACACCUGAGCCCAGCCAGCAACCUUGGCGAUAUUAAAGGAAAACUCUCUGAAUCCAUGACAGCCAUGAAAGCGUGGAGUAAAUCCAACUUUGGCUCCAUCAAUAAAGAAAUCAAGAACCUGAAGAAGAGAUUGGGUAACCUACAGAAGAACAACUACAGAAAUAACACACUUGAAAUCAAACGUGUGUCCGCCAGGCUUGAUGAAAUCCUCCAUAGGGAGGAAAUUAUGUGGAGACAGCGUUCAAGGAUCCAGUGGCUCAAAGAGGGGGACCAAAACACUAGGUAUUUCCACCGAAAAGCGACUGGACUAUACACUGAUGACCCUAACAUUGACCCAAAACGCUUGCUGGAGCUGAUCGAACCAAGAAUCUCCGAUCAAAUAAACAAAGAGCUGUUGGCUGAACCCACUGAAAAAGAAAUAGGGGAUGCCUUAUUUCAGAUUGGCCCUCUAAGAGCCCCAGGUCCGGAUGGACUGCCAGCUCGCUUCUUCCAAAGAAACUGGGGAGUGAUGAAUCAUGAGGUUUGCGUUGCCAUCAAACAUUUCUUCCGUGUUGGCACAUUUCCAGAAGAUUUCAACAUGACCAAAAUUAUUCUCAUCCCGAAGACAAAUGACGCCACUGACCUCAAGGACUUCAGGCCCAUUUCCCUUUGCAACGUCAUAUACAAGGUUGUGGUCAAAUGCAUCAUCAACAAACUCAGGCCUCACCUCAAUGACCUGAUUUCUGAGAACCAAAGUGCCUUUCUCCCUGGUAGGCUUAUCUCAGAUAAUGCCCUUAUUGCAUUUGAAUGUUUCCAUGCAAUCCACAGGUCUAAAAAUGGAGAUGAAUCUUUCUAUGCUUACAAAUUAGACCUGUCAAAGGCGUAUGAUAGGGUUGACUGGGAGUUCUUGGAAGGUGUUCUAAUCAAGAUGGGCUUUGACAAGAAGUGGGUAGGAUGGAUUAUGUGCUGUGUGAAAUCAGUCAAAUACACAGUCCAAGUCAAUGACAGUCUAACUGAAGUGUUCACACCCACGAGAGGCUUACGGCAAGGAGACCCUCUAUCUCCUUACCUAUUCCUCUUUGUUGCUGAAAGCCUCACCUUGGUGAUAAAAAAUGCUAUGCGGGAAAAAGAUUUACAAGACUUCAAGAUAUGCAGAAAUUCGCCUGGCAUCUCGCACCUCAUGUUCGCCGAUGACUGCCUCCUCUUCUUCCCUGCCAAGUCCGAACAAGCAGCUGUGAUAAAAGAGGCCCUUACGGACUUUGAGAUGGGCUCGGGACAGGUACUAAGUGCCAACAAAUGCUCCAUCCUCUUCAGCGACAAUUGCCCUGAACCUAAACAACAACUUGUGAGACAGAUUCUAGAGGUGUCUCGGGAAAACUUUGAAGACAAAUACCUUGGCUACCCAACCCCUGAGGGAUGCAUGAACAAAGGGAAAUUCCAACCUUCUAAGGAGAGGCUAGCCAAAAAGAUGAACAACUGGUCAGAAAAGCUUAUGUCGAUGGGAGCUAAGGAUGAACUGAUCAAGUCAGUUGCUCAGGCCAUUCCAACACAUGUAAUGAGCAUUUUCAAACUGCCGGUGGGAUUCCAUGAUGACUAUAUGAAAAUCAUCCGCAACUUCUGGUGGGGAGAGGAUGAGAAAAAGAGAAGAGUCCACUGGGCUGCGUGGGAUAUACUCACAAACCCGAAGGAUCUUGGUGGAGUGGGCUUCAAAGAUAGUAAACUCAUGAACCAGGCGCUUUUGGCCAGACAAUGUUGGAGAUUAGUCAAAAACCCAAACAGCCUAUGUGCCAGGCUCCUCAAAUCAAUAUACUUUCCACGUGAAAACUUUCUUGAUACUGUUUUUAGACGUGAUGCCUCUCCCUCUUGGCAAGGCAUCGAACACGGCCUUGAACUGAUCAAAGAAGGGUUGGUGACUAGAGUUGGCAAUGGAAAAACUAUCAACAUCUGGAGAGAUAAUUGGCUACCAAGAGACUACAACCUCAAAGUGUCCCCUGGGAAAACAAACACUAGGAUCAGACGGGUGUCUUCUCAGUCAAGAGCGCCUAUAGACUGGCACACAAUCUCAAACAUGGGGUUCAAUGGCACGCAGGACACAGCAUGA